AUGUUAAAGACUGGACUGCUGCUCAGUGCUUCACUUAAACCCAGACUGACGUUUCUGAGAGGUAAAGAGGUACAUGAAAACAUGGAAACUGAGAGUGUUUGAUGAAGGUGAGUCUAUCAGUUUUGGGAUGACCAUAAACAGGAACUGUGCUGUGUCCUUUUUUGCAGGUGGAUUUUUAACUUUCUGCAAAAUGACUGAAAUACACAAAGACGAGCAGGCUGCCAAGCUACUGAAAAGAGUCAUUGAAGAAAAUGAAGACUCAUCUGAAGGGGUGCAGGCCUCAAAGAGAGUGAAGUCAGAGGGGGAUCACAGUGAAGAUGACAAGAGAUAUCCCAAAAAGAAAGUUGUCCUUUUAAUGGCAUACUCUGGAAAAGGGUACUAUGGCAUGCAGGUGAUUUUAUCCUCUCAGUUGUUUAUUAUCAUCACUAUGUUUUCACAUAUUUAACUAGAUUUUUGCAGCCAAAGACUUAUAUUUCAAAUGUUUCACUGUGUUUCAGAGAAAUACGGGAACCUCUCAGUUUAGGACCAUUGAAGAUGAUCUUGUCACCGCUCUUGUUAAAUCUGGAUGCAUUCCUGAAAACCAUGGUGAAGACAUGAAAAAGAUGUCUUUCCAACGAUGCGCCCGGACAGAUAAGGUUUGGGCUUUUACAGCGAAAGAUCAACAAAUAAUAUCUGAACAAAUUAAAACUAGACACUGGUCACUUUAGUUUCAUGUACCUUGGUUUUUUAAUUGCACUCCUCCCACUGCACUGUUGUUCUGUAUUGUGUAGUUGUACAUAGCCUUUUAUGCUUUUAAACUUGAUAUAUUUCGUGCACCAUCACGCCAAAAACAAUUCCUAGUCUGAGAAUCCUGUUCAUAGACAAUGACAAUAAAACCCCUUCUGAUUCUGAUUCUGAUUCUGAUGAAGUGUUGUACAUUGCAAUACGUUAUAUAAACCAGGAGAAAAGUUUGCAUCUGUGACGGAUACAUGUCUCCCCUGAGAUAAAAUUGUGAUGUAUUCUUCCCGAUGUUUUUUUCAGGGUGUGUCUGCUGCCGGCCAAGUGGUGUCUCUAAAGCUGCGACUGAUUGACGACAUAAUAACUAAGAUUAAUGAGCAUCUGCCACCACAGAUCAGAGUGCUUGGUAAGACAGUAGUCAGUUAUUUUCUUGAUUACAUUUUGAACAGUAAGUCCAGGAUACUUGGGUAACACAUUACAAUAAUGUGAACUAGGGUUGGGUGAAUGAUGAAUAAACGGAAACGCACUCAAACGGGUGAGCUCCGACUUUCCUGUUAGCGAGCACAGACAACUACACACUGACUCAGAGAGAUCCAGACAUCUGCUCUCUCUCCCCGGUAUAAACGGUAUAACAUUUCUACCGGUAGACACUUUUAUACCGUCAUACCGCCCAAUACUUAUGUGAACUGUUCCUCAUACUCUAUUGACUGAAACUGAGAGGAAAGCCAGCAUUUAUUUAAAUUAUUACUUUUUUCUUUUUCCAAUAGGUUUCAAACGAGUGACCCAGGGCUUUAACUCCAAAAACAAGUGUGAUGCUCGUACAUAUACCUAUAUGCUUCCAACAGUGGCCUUUUCACCCAAAGACUAUGACACAGGGGAUUUAAAAGGCUUUCGCCUUGAACCAGAGACUCUUCAGCGGGUGAAUAGUCUGUUUGCUCGCUACAAAGGCACGCACAACUUCCAUAACUUCACCUCCCAGAAAGCAGCAAACGACCCCAGUGCCAAGCGCUACAUCACUGAGAUGUUCUGUGCUGAGCCUUUUAUUUCCAGUAGUGUUGAAUUUGCAGUGAUCACAGUACGGGGCCAGAGCUUUAUGAUGCAUCAAAUCCGUAAAAUGAUUGGUCUGGUGAUCGCUGUGAUUAGGGGCUACGCAAAAGAAGAUGUGAUGGAGCGGAGCUGGGGACAGGAAAAGGUGGAUGUGCCAAAGGCUCCAGGGCUGGGCCUGGUUUUGGAAAGGGUUCACUUUGACCGGUACAAUAAAAAGUUUGGAGGGGAUGGGCUGCAUGAGGGACUAGAGUGGGAUCGUGAAGAGGAGGCAAUUAAAGCCUUUAAGGAGACACACAUCUACCCCACCAUCGUGGAGACCGAGUGUCAGGAGGGCUCCAUGAUCAGCUGGAUGGCCACGCUUUCAAUCCAUGAUUUUGAAGCCUCAGCUGUAAAUACACAACAGCAAAAUGAAAAGGUAUUUAAAAAUAAUCAAUGAGUGCUAAUUCAAGAAGAUGUGACUAAAACAAAUUUAUUUCCUGUAAAAUUAAUUUAUUGGUGUUUUCCCCCCCCCAGGACAAUGCAGAGCUUUCAGGAAAUGACUCAGACUAA